AUGCUGAUAUACUACCGGCUAAGCUCUGAGCAUGCAGGGGCGUACAGAGAGUGCCCUAUUUCGGGCCCCACAGUGACGGUGGCUGAGUUGAAGCAAGUUCUCGCUCGGCGUUGCGGCUUUGCUGCUGAAUUUAGGAGGAAGAUCGACUUUCGAGUCUUCCUUGUGAACACCAGCUCAAGUAGCAGCGACCCCACCCCCCAGCCCCCCCCCCCGAGCAGCAACAACACCAACGCCACCAGUAGCAAGAAUGAGUGCGAUCCAGUGGGCGGAGCAGGGGAAUUCCUUGUGGAAGCGGAACUGGAAGAACAGCCGAUUCAGAGUUUCUCGCGGGUUGUGCUGCAGCGAGUGGUUAUACGGGGCCCUAGCGGUCAAGAGGUGUUGCAACACAGUGCACGGACGGAAUUGUCUGCUGCUGAAUGGAGCCAGGCGGGGCCCCUCAGGGGCCCCAAGCUGCGUCUGCCUCCCGAGUGGGUGUGUGGCUUGUGUGGGGGCAUCAUGCGGCAGCCUCUCUUAGUCAAAUGUGCAUCGAACUGUGGCCAUUCCGCCUGUCGAGGAUGCAUUGAGGUUCAACUGAAGAAGCAACACAGAUGCCCCUUUUGUCUCUCGGCUUUUCGCCAGAUCAUGCGCAACAAGCGGCUGGAGGAGAUCCUCAAAAACGUUAAUCCCGACGAUUACGAGCAGCCGAAUGCAGUGGCCGCUGGAGACCCAGGGGCCCCGGGGGCCCCAACGGGGGACCCCGAAAUCGGGGCCCCCGAGGGAACUGGGGGCCCCCCUUCCCCUCCUCAGACGGAUCCAGCGGGUGCGCCCCAUCCGGAGCCCCCAACUGGAGAGGCAAGUGCUGAGACCAUUCCUAAUGGAACGACUUCUUCAGGAGUGGCAGUCAGCGAAGGGGGGGGGGCCCCUUCAGCGGGGGCCUCUGCGGCACCCCCGCAUUCUCCUGGGACGGCGGUAGCAGGGGGCCCUCGUCAUUUUGUCUAUCUGCAGCCUUCGAAGAAUCUGCAACUCAUGAGAGACUUCGACUUGAUGGUGGUGGAUGCUGCUUCUGAACUAGCUGCAGUCCUCGCGAGCGCGUGCAUGCGGGAAACAGAGACUGCUCCUGCUGCAGGUGCUGCUGCUGCUCCCGCCGAAGCGCCAACAGCAGCGGAAGAGUUCUUCGUUGUUCCCUGCUGCCUCUGUGGCGGGGGCUCCUCCUUUUCCAUUGGGGGCUUUGUUCGUCUAUGGGCCCUUAAUCGGGUGCCUUCGACAGACCCUGCAGCUGCAGAUGUUUUGUCUCAGUGGCAGAUGCAGGGGAGUCCUUCGUACGCAGCGGGGGGGGGCCCCUCGGGUGUACCUACACCUGCAUGUGUACUCAGGGUUAAUUGGAUUGAGAAGUAUGGGCGCCUGCCGAUGCUCCCUGCUCGCAAACAGCCGCUGUGUGGCUUGUUUGGGGGGGCCCGAAGGGGGACCGCCUCCACGGGGGGGGCCCCACAGGGGCAUGGGGUGUUAAAACGCACAGCUUUGGGGCUUUCUUUAGAAGUUGCAGUAGAUUCCACCAAAUACGAAGAAGUCCUCUCCUGCGUAAGAGACUAUGUGCAGUACGGCAGCAGAUCAAAUGAACCUUGGAGGCAGGGGGCUGUUCUAAUCGUGCCCGCCACUGUACAGACAGGUCUAGGGGCCCCCCCAGUAGCAGCAGCAGGGGGCCCCAAGCCCUUAGGUCUCCCGGGGAAGCCUCCAAACCCCCGGAAUCCAUUUUUAGGAUACACCGCAAUCCUGCCUUUCCUGUCAGAGGAGCAGUUUCUUCAUGUUCGCCGCCUGCAGAUCAAAGCACUGAAGCGCGCAAACUCGGGCCCCCGGGGAGCCUCCAGACUUGAGGUCACAGAAAUAUCGUCAGCGAGCAGCGGAAGCAGCAACAGGAGAGACAGUCUACACGCUAAUGAAUCUAGAAAUAAGGGCAGAGUUACCCCGAACGUACCCCCCCCAGCAAUCGCCACAUUAGCAGCCGCAGCACCAGCAGCGUCCCCUAAGAGGCCCUUCCCUCCCAGCGUGGCAGCAAGAGCAGGGCAGGCAGCGGCAGUAAGAAAGGCACCACCAUCUGCAGCAGCAUCGCGGGGUGCCCCUCCAGGUAACGUGACAGAAGCAGUGCGAGGUGCCAAUGCACCUGUCCCUAAAAGGGCCCCAGCUGCGCCUAAGCGCGCAGCUGGGGGCCCCUCUGGUGGCCGCAGAGCGCCUGUAGUAGUGCCACCUCCCCUCAAGCGGUUGCGCAUCGCAUUGGGGCAAAGGGGCCCUGGCACUGUUGGGCCCUCAGGAGGCUUCUCCUCUACCGUCGCAUCCUCAGUAGAGACACCGGGUAGCAGCACGGCGCCAGCACGUAAGGGGGAGGCAUCCACUGCUGCAUUGGUGGGCCCCCCGGCGACGACGCGAGCUAGCGGGCCCCCCGUGCGUGCGAACGGGGCUGCAUGCGUUCUAGUGUCUGGUAGUGAGUCGGGGUGUAGAAGCAUCCUAGGGGGUGCAGAGGCGGGAGACACCGCACGAGGGCCCUCAGAGGGACUGUGGGCAGAGCAGCAGAGGGACGGGAGAGGGGUGGCAGGCAACACGGGAACACGGGAGGAAGCAGUAACAGCUCAGCAUAUAAACGCUCCCCAGCUUGGGAAGGCGGGUUGGGGUAGAGUGGGAACGCAAGGGGGAGGACGGUGUGAGGGUCCCUAG